AUGGCAAGGGGAAGGUUGCCGGAGAGGACAGACGCCCCACAGUCCCAGGCCGCUUUAGCUCAGCGCCAGAGGGAGACUGUCACACCGGAGGAUUUGCUGCUGACUGCCAAGGACGCAUCCAAGAAGAUCCUCUUCGUGGGGGAGUGCACUCACCUCUUCACGGCUGCAGCGGCCAAGCUGGUCACGCAGAAGCUGCCGGGGCUGGAGCUGAACUGGACCUCUACGGAGCUUUGCUGGCCAUCGGGCCUGGAGGUGGAGCUGAAACGCACGGUGGAGUGGCUCAGGAGCUGUGGGGUGACUGUGGCAAACGGGGUGGACGCAACACGACUGCCAAGCUACAGCCCAAAGGCACUGGCUGCGGCUAUUUGGGUCAUGCCAUUUCCAAGGGGAGCAAAGUCCAGGAGCACCAGCAGCACGGUAAAAGAUGCCAUUCAAGGCUUGAUCCAGGGCUUGUGCGGAGCGUCGCCGCAUUUCUGGACUUGGCAGAGGGCGGUGGCAAGGUGA